AUGAGCAGACUACCCUCCCCUCCAUCCGAGGAGGACAACGCCGGCCCUCACUCUCGCGGCCUCGACUCCGUACCACUCAACUCUUCCAUACGCACAACACCCAUCCAUCCACAAUUACCAGAGAUUCGUGUGCCUCAAAAUGCCACAAUCCCAUCUACACACUACCACCCAGUUACGUGCGAACCAAUAAACAUUGAAGAAAUCCAAUCGCAUCUCCAGCAGCUACGCAAAGAACACCCAUCGGUGACGGCUAUGCUCAAAGCGCAGGAAGAUGCCGUGAAUGAAAUCAGACAGAAAUUGGAAGAGAAGGAUAGGAAGAGGAAUGAGGUUCAGAAGGCGUUGGAUAAGAAGGCGAAGGAGUGGGAUGUGGAGUACAAGAUUUUGUCGAAGUAUCAGGCUUCGAAGAGCUAG